AUGCUCCACCCCCCCACCCUAGCACCCCAGCCAACCCGACCCUCUUUCCUCCCCCCCUCAACACCCACCAACCCUCCCCCUCUUCCCGCCACCACAACUCCCGCCCCCCCACCCCCCCCUUCCCCCACGACCCCCUCGACGCCCCCCCUAACCCCACUCCCCCCCCCAGCGCCCACACUCCCCCUACCCGCCACCCUCCCCCCCCCCUCCCCGACCCCCUCCACCGCCGCCCCCCCUCCCGCAUACCACAAAAGGCCUCGCCAACCUCCAACCCGCUCUCACCUCCCGCACACCUCGCCCCCCAUCGUCUCCAAAACACCCCAACUCUACACUUACCUCUUCCCGCAACCCCAAUACUCCCCCCCCCCCCGCCCACACUCACCCCCCCAACGCGCACCCACCCCCCCCCCCACCCACCCUACAACCUCCUACACUCGCCACCCUCUCCUCUCCGCCUCCCCCACAUUCCCCCUCCACACUCACAACCACCCCACCACACAAGACCCCCUCCUCCUCUCACCCCAACCUCCACACCCCCUACCCCCGCCACCACCAACCAGCACCGCCCACACACCCAGAUCUACUCCUCCACUGGGUCUCAAACUAACACCCUACAACCCCUAA